UCUUCUGACAGGACACGGAUGAAGACUUGCCUCUGAGGCGACAUGGAGAGCGAGGGGACGGCCGUGCGCUCCAUCUACUACGGGAGGAUUGGAAGCGAGGCCACGGAACGGCUGCUGGAGAGGUUUGGAUGUGACGGCAGCUUUCUGCUGAGGGACAGCGAGACCGUAGCAGGAGCCUACUGUCUGUGUGUGAGAAAAGCCCCGUUUGUGCACACCUACAGGCUAGUGCACGUCCCUGAGGGCUGGUACCUUCAGAGGGACUUACUGGUGAAGUUUGGCACCCUGGAGGCCCUGAUAGAGCACUACAGAUCAGGCAGAGUCCCUCACGUUGGCAUCGUCCCCCUCACUGACCCACUGUACAAAACCCAAAUACCAAACAGCUUCCAUCACGAGCUUGUGUACAUGGAGCUGAGCAGCAGCAGCUUUGCUCAGUGACGCCCUCUUCAGACCAGGAGGCCACGCAGCACUUCAGGGGGCGCGUCUACUUCCUUAUUUAUUUCAUUGAUCAUCCGUAUUUGGCAAAGGCUUGAAUAAAGCGUCU